AUGGUUACAUUUAAUUUGUAUUAUCUCAGAUCUUUCCUAUCCAGCACCGCUUACCAAUAUUUCAAACGUAUUAGAAUUCUUCAUUGUAUUGGUCGUUUGACAGUUGUUAUACCAAUUGUUACCCAAGAAGAGUACAAAAGGAGGCGUAAACUAAGAAAACUAUAUUUGGAUAGUAAACGCUCUAAUUUUAAACGAGUUGCAUCGGAAUCCGCAAGUAAUUUAACACCAAAUACCACUUUGACGUCCACUCCGUACAACACAUGCAAUGCUACAACUGAGGGGCCGAUUACAUGUGCAGAGAGACGUAGAUUAAGGAAGCUAUAUUUGAGUAAUAAAAGAUCUAUCACACCAGGCGGAUCAAUCUCCAAACAAAAUUUAUCUUCGUCUGCUGAUCCCAAAUCCAUAGACCCCAACACGCACAAUGUUACACGUACCCCCUCGGUUUUACCUACAAGUAAUAUUGGUUCUGUUAGAAGUAACUCUGCUCCUCAUACAAAUAUUGUUCGCUUUUCUUUAUCUUCAAACCUCACGGCAACGAAUAGUAUAUCACCUAUUCUUGAAAAUUCUACUUUACCAAGACUAUCUCCGGGAAAUUGUAAAUUAGUACGCAAAGCACGAGUUACCUCUCCUAUACCAAUGAUUGAUUUGUCUACAGAAGAAACUAUAGUUGAAGAUCCAUACAAAGGUGUCUCACAAGAAUAUUUGGACCAUGGUGACCAGUGUAUUACAUGUGACGUAUGUAAUGCAAAGUUAUGGGAUUCAAAAAAAGGCAGGGGUAAACACAAGGAUGGAAAAACUUCCUAUUCCUUAUGUUGUGGAUACAGCAAGGUUGAGCUUCCGGAUUAUAAAGACGCACGGCCAAAUUAUGAAAAACUUUUUCGGUGUGUUGAUAAAGAAAGCAAGCACUUUUUGAAUAACAUUCGACGUUAUAACUCUAUGUUUGCUUUUACUUCAAUGGGUGGUAAGGUUGAUCCGACUGUUAAUAGAGGUAAUGCCCCUUUUUGCUACCGAAUCAGUGGUGAAAACUAUCAUACCAUUGGGAGUCUCUUGCCAGAAAACGGAUCAAAACCUAAAUUUUGUCAGCUCUACAUAUACGAUACUGAGAACGAACUUUCAAAUAGUUCCUCAAAGGAUGCAUCUUCGUCGUCUGCCGCCGCCCUUGAUCGUCAAUUGAUUGAACAUAUAAAGGAUGUUUUAGACAUAGACAAUCAGCUGGUUAAAAGUUACAGAAUGGUCAAGGAUUCUUUUCAAGAUAACCCGCAACUAUCUCUAAAGUUACGCCUUAUUGGAAGAAGGGAGAAAGAUGGUAGGACGUAUAACCUACCAACGGCUGGCGAGGUCGCUGCUCUUAUAGUUGGAGAUCUUGACAGCGCAAUUGACAGUAGAGAUAUUAUUGUGGAAACCCAAACAGAUGGUUAUAGAGUUGACAUCCCUCAUAGAGGUGUCCUAGAUGUUACCAAUAAGAAGCGGCCAAAUUGUACUAUGAGAGAAUUCUUUGCGUAUCGUCUUCAAGAUAGGAUUAAUCAAUUUUCAUUGAUUCUUAAUUCAAGGAGACUAUUUCAACAAUUCUUGCAAAAGAAUCUUAGAUCAGAUACAUAUGAUAGUCUUCAAAAGUUAACAAAUAACGGUCAACAAGAUAUAUCUAAGGCUGGUAAAAGUGUGAUGUUACCGUCUUCAUUUACCGGCGGUGCUAGAUAUAUGAUGCAAAACUAUUUAGAUGCCAUGUCUCUAUGCAAGUGUUUUGGUUAUCCCGACUUUUUUAUAACCAUCACAUGCAACCCAAAAUGGUCGGAGGUAACAAGGUUUCUUAGAGACACCACACUUAAACCUGAAGAUAGACCAGAUAUUAUGUCAAGAUUAUUUAAGUUGAAAUUGGAUGCUAUUUGCAAAGACUUAAAGGAACGCCAUCUAUUGGGAAAAGCUGCCGCAUUUGUUUACACUAUCGAGUUUCAAAAACGUGGAUUGCCUCAUGCACACUUAUGCUUAUUCAUGGAGGAUGAAUAUAAACUUCCUACAGUGGACCAUGUUGAUGCAUUUAUAUGUGCUGAGAUUCCAAACAGAAAUGAGGACCCGGAGUUAUACACACUUAAAAUGCUCGAUGGUGCAACAGUUAUAAAGAACCACAUUGAGCUAGAUAAUAGAAGUGUUGUACCAUACAACAAAAAGCUGUUGAAAAGGUAUCAGGCGCACAUAAAUGUUGAGUGGUGCAAUCAAGCUGGGUCUAUCAAAUAUUUGUUUAAAUACAUCAACAAAGGACCUGAUAGAGCAACUGUUGUUGUUGUGCAAGGGGAUAACCAAAACGAAGAACCAUCAAAAGAUGAGAUAAAAGAGUAUUAUGAUUGUAGGUACAUCUCAGCUUGUAAGGCAUCUUGGAGGAUAUUCUCUAAUGAAGUACACUAUAGGUAUCCUUCUGUUACAAGGUUACCUUUCCAUAUUCCUGGAUAA